UGGCUUCGGCGCUAGAGGCAGCACCUCAUUCACUACUGUAUCAGGUGCUGCUGGAGGAGGCGCCGGCAGAGGAGGAUUUGGUGUAUCGGGUGGCAUGGGCGGUGCUAGUGGCAGCGCUGGUGGAUCCGUAAUGACGGGUAAUGCUGCCGGCAGUGGAGUUGGUGGAACAGGAGCUCAUGUGUUGGUUGGUGGAGACCCUGCUGUUAACUUUGGAAUUGGUCGCCAUGGUACUGGCGGUGGAAUUAUCUCAGGUGGUGCAGGUUCUUCCACCGGAGCUCUUGGCACUGGUGGUACGCUAGGUGCCGCAGGCUCUGGUGUUGGUGGGGCUGGAACUGGCGGCGGAUCUUUGUCUGCUGGUGGAGGUGGCGUCAGCACUAGUACAUACGGAUCACGGGUGGUUGUGACGGGUGGUUCGAGUGCUGCUGGCGGUCUCGGCGGAACAAGAUUUGGAAUGUCGGGUGGCCCUGCUUUUGGUCGCAUUGGAGGAGGUAGCACAUUAGGAGGUGCCGCGUCAGGUGGUUCGGGUUCUGGCACAGGUGGCUAUCACAUCGGAGGCAUGUCAGGGCCUAGUAUGUUGGGCGGCACGGUUUCUUCCGGUGGAAGUUAUGGUGGCGGUGCAUCAGCUGGUGGUGCCCCUGGUGUUGGCGUUCAUACCAGUGGCGGUGGACUGCCAGGUGGUGGAUUUCACAUCACCAGUAGUGGACUGUCAGGAUCUACUGAAGGCAGCCUUGGAGUUGGCGGUGCAGGCGGUGUAUCAGGCGCUGCAAGUGGCGCAGGUGCUGGUGCUCGCAUUGGCAGUGGUGCAGUGACAGGUGCCAGCGGAGGUCUUCACGGCGUCGCUGGUGGACUAGCGUCUACCACGAUGGGUGCCUCGAACGUUGCUGGCGUUGGCAUCGGCGGUGGAGCUGGAGGAAGUGGUGCAGCAGGCGCUUCUAGUGUUGGUGUCUCUGGCGGAGUAAACAAGCCAGUGGUCGUGGUGGUCGUACCUGGUGGUGUUGGUGGUGCGUCUAGUGGUGUAGGUGGCAGUGUAACGCUUCCUGGGGGAGCAGUUUCUGCCGGUGGCGCUUAUGGCGGUGGCACUCAUGGAGGUGCUGUGUCAGGUGGUGGUGUAUCAGGUGGUGGCGCAUCAAGUGGCGGUGCAUGGGGUAUUUCGGGAACCAAUAAUUUCACCCACUUUCCAGGCGCCGCCGGGGGAGUAGUCGUUGUGCCCGGUUCUGCAGGAGUUGCUGGCGCUCCCUCAUUAGCUGGUGCAGCAGCUGGUAGGGUCAUUGGAGCUGGAGGUGCUGGAGCUGGUGGCGUUGGAGCUGGUGGCGCUGGAGCUGGUGGCGCUGGAGCUGGUGGCGUCGGACUUAACACCGGGUUCGAAGGUGUUCACCUAGUGGGUGGGAACAUCACGAAACCAGGUGUAAAUGCAUCUUGGGGCGAACACCGGUGCCGCAGUUCCCGCGAGGUGUACCUGGGCAGAUCAAGCAACUGUGGCGAGUGCAAGUGCGGCCUUCUUAAAAAAGAUCGGUGGAGUGGGAAGCCUUUGCGAUGUCUUGCAAACUUGGAGCGCAGAUGUUGGUGCUUAUCAAUUUAUUGCCGCGAUCGGGAAGGCAGAUGUGUUUUUAGACAGCACUGUAACCCACGAGCACAGUAGGCUGCCAAGAAUUAAAUGUUCUUUUAUGGAAGCA